UGCGCGCAGAUAAAUCUUUAUACGAAUGCUGACCUAUACGUCUUAUUUACUGCAAUAUCCCCGUUGGCAACACGGAGAAAGAGACGAUUGUUUUCAGUUAGCGGCUAGCUUUUGUUGUCUAUUGCUACUGAUACCCACAAGGUUGUAUGUUUGAUAACACAUGUCUAUAUUGUGACUUGUAAGGGAGCGAGUCAAUAUAGCAUUUAAAUAGCACAAGCUAUUCGGACAUCGAGCAUGCUAACUCCUAGUUCCUCAUUUGUUACGCCUAGCUUUGGGUUGGGGUCCUAGGAGAAACCUGCAAUGGCUGCUCUCGGCGAUGUCGAGUCCAUUCAUUUUGUGUGGAACAUAUCGCACAGCUAUUAAUGGUGGGCAACACCUAACAUGUCAUCUUAUCAGGCAUAUUUAUGUUGGAAUUCUCGCCGUGUGGUUUCACACGGUGAGUGAAUUGACCGUCCUCAAAGUCAGUAAACUUCCUAAAUUUGCGCCCAAUUCCCUUUUGCGAACGACUUUUAAAUGGACUUAAGCAAUAACAAAUACGAAAGCUGAUGGAUUGUCAAAGCAAUGCAGACCAUACCUCCAUUCCGUGCUGCACUAUCGCCACAUGAACAUGAGAAAGUUGAAGCUAACGUUGCACCGUUUAACCUCAUACUUUUAUUAAGAUGCUACCCGCCAGUACUGUUGCAGUAUCUAAUAUGUUUUUUUUUUUAUAAAAAUGCAUUGGAUAGUUUUCAUUUUUAAUGCGCAAUAGUGAUGUGCAGAAUUUUCAAUAAUUACAAGAAGAACGUUGAGUCCCGCCCCUGACAUCUUCAGACUUGACAACAGGAAACUCAGCUCUUUGUUUUUAGAAGUAACCCUGAUCCUGAAAGCAUAAGCACACAGAAUGGAAACCUCGCCUGCAAAUGCCGGAUAUGAUUUUAGGUCAGUGAAGUCCAGAUGCAUGAGUCUGGGUCAGAACCAACGAGCCACGCCAUUCCAGCUGUUAGGACACAGAACGGGAAAAAUGCUGAUACUGACAGUCGACUGAGGAGCGGCCAGACUCCUCCGCCAGAGUCACCCAGGGUCCCAGCAUCGUCAUCCAUGAUGACCCCGCCAGCCGAGGCUCCUCAGCAGCUGCAGCAGGCGCCGCAGCAGCAGGUCCUCAGUCCUCAGCAGAUCCAAGCCCUGUUCCAGCAGCAAAAGGCCCUCAUGUUACACCAGCAGCAAAUCCAAGAGGUCUUCAAGAACCAGCAAGAACAGCUAAAUAUGCAGCUGCUCCAACAGAAGAAUGCUGGGAUAGUUAGCCAGGAGCUCACAGCACAGCAGAUCGCCAUCCAGCAGCAGCUCCUUCAGGUGCAGCAGCAACAUCUGCUCAACCUGCAGAGGCAGGGCCUGCUCUCUGUGCUCCCCACCAGCGCCGCUGCCGGCUGUGAGAAUGACAGCAGUGCUUCCACGGGUGGGGACUCCAGAGAGUCGUCCAAUCACCAGUCUGCGACUAACGGCCAUCCCGCUCUCCUAAAGAGGAAGGAAAGUGGCUCGCUGGAUGAAAACACACAGAGUAGCCAUCCUCUCUACGGGAACGGCAUGUGCAAAUGGCCCGGCUGCGAGACCGUCUUUGGAGACUUUCAGGCAUUUCUCAAGCAUUUGAACAGCGAGCACACACUUGACGACAAGAGCACUGCGCAGUGUCGCGUGCAGAUGCAAGUUGUUCAGCAGCUGGAACUACAGCUAAAGAAGGACAAAGAGCGACUCCAAGCCAUGAUGGCUCACCUGAAGUCAUCUGAGCCCAAACCUGCAGCUCAGCCCACAAAUCUGGUGCCUAAUGUGUCCUUCUCCCAGACCACGCUGCCCAAAGGCCCCCCUAUGAGUGUGUCCCAGACCGCCACGGCACCAUCCACACCCCUGACGCCACUGUCCGACUCCCCCUCGGUCCUCACCCCGAAUGGCAUCUUCACAGGGACCCCUGUACGUAGGCGGUACAGUCGCUCCGUCAGCCAAGAUAUCGUUGAUAACAAGGAGUUUUACCUGAGCGCAGAAGUUAGACCUCCAUUUACGUAUGCGUCUCUCAUACGACAGGCAAUAUACGAAUCACCUCGCAAUCAGCUGACUUUAAAUGAAAUCUACAACUGGUUCACAAGAAACUUUGCCUAUUUCAGACGCAAUGCAGCGACAUGGAAGAACGCUGUCAGGCACAAUCUGAGUCUCCAUAAGUGCUUUGUCCGCCUGGAGAAUGUGAAGGGAGCCGUGUGGACGGUGGACGAGAUCGAGUUCCACAGAAGAAGGCCCCAGAAGGCUGCUGGUAAUGGAUCUCUCCUGAAAAACAGACAGAGUUUAGCCGGAUCUGUGUCUCAGGCUGGAAGUCUAGACUGCAACUCUCUCUACCACCCGGGUGCCAUAGGCAGCAUCCCGUUACAUUCCUUGCCCCAUGUCCUUCAAGAGCAGAUGAACGGCGCCCUCGCCAAUGGGUCUGGAUACCAAAGUGACAGCAGUGCGACACAAUCGCCUCCGCAAGCUUACAUCAAAGAGGAGCAGGAGGACGAGGAGAUUUGUGAAAAUUACCCCUACGAAUCCGAGAGCACAGACGAGCACGGCCACAGCCCUGAGAUAAACCGCGACGGAGACAACGGCAGCCCGGAGAGGCUUCGUCUGGACCGUGUGCCCUCGCUUUGACCACAAGGUCCAAGCUCUCCUUCACGGCAAUGACACGACGUAUUCCAAAAAAGUCCAAAAGCAACUGCUUCAUCUACAUAACCAAACACACUCUUCUUGUUUUUGUUUCCGUAUUUAUCAGUAUUUUUUUUGUUUUUUUUGUUCUUAUAAUCAAGUUUUUAAUUCUGUACAGUAGAGUGAGAUCAUGGAUGUGAAAGUGUCUUUUCAUGGUUGAUCUUGUUUAAUAAAUACAAGGAGCAUGAGGAGCGGAGAAGCCAAAGGAAAGGAAACACUGAUAGCGAGCACUUCAUCGGGGGGAGGGAGAAAAAAAAAAAAGACAAAAAACACUAGUCGGUUUUUAUUUUAGUUGUCAUAUUAUAUAUACAUUUGUAGAGAGAUGAUUCCUGAUAUAUUCACUGCCGACAGGAUUGCAUAUAUUUGUAUGUAAAGAUAUCAUCAGGUGAUUGAAAAACAGAAUGUCUUUAUACGUGUUGGUAUUUUUCACCCCCACCACAAACAUGGCUGAAUUUUCUCAAAUUGAUCAUGUAAGAGUAGAAGCUAUAGAUUGACCUUUACUGUAAACCAUCUCUAUGAAGAAUAAAUUCAUCAUAACUGUG